AUGGAUGGAUCGACGUUCAUGGCAGGAUCGACGUCUUCGGGGUGUGGAGGCACCAAGCCGGCGCUGCCACAGCGUUCGCGUCGACGAUCCAUGGUCGGCGAAGCGCGUCCAACUCGAUUCGAUGCGCCACCACUGCCGGGUAUGGUCGCAUCGUCAUCAAUGCCUCAGCUCGACAAACGCUCCAGCACCAGCCACGUAGUAUCUGUCGUGGCACCGCUGAGGAUUGCGGAUAAGAAACGCUCCUCCACCAUCUCGAUCACGGCAUCGGCGAGUUGUACGCCAACCAUGCCGCAAAAGAGUCGAUUUCGCAGCUCGGUCGAUUCGCACACCAAGUCGCCUCCCGGCCCAAGCGGUGCGGCGGAUGAUUCGACGGAGUCGUCGCCGUCGUCGAUAGCUACCUCGCUGGCCGAUGGAGAGCUUGGACGCGCGUAUACGCACGAUGCGGUCUUCACGCAUAAUGUGGCCAAGCACGCACGCAAGAGAAGCUCACUCGCCGCAGUUCCCAUGGGAAUCUCGCGCAGCCAUCAGGAGAUGAUCGACGACAGCCCCGGCACCUUCCAUCGUACCGAGGCAGCCGGGCUGUUUGACUCGGUCCGUGGCUUGAUGCACGAUCUCCAGCUGGAUAUCGGACGCGACGAUGCGAAAUCGAAGCCAGAGGCGGGGCAGGACCUGAGGUCGUGGUUGGCUAGUCCACAGCGAACGGAGCCUUGCAGUGCGCCCGCGAUCAACGUGACCACCGACACACCCGAGUCUUCACCGCAAGCCAUCCCCCCCAAGGCCGAUGGUUCAGCUGCUGGGGGCUCUGAAGGCACUUCACCGCGACCAGGGGGGUUGUGGGGGUUCCUGCGAACGCCCUCACCCCUACCCAUGCGCACCUCCACUGCGUCGUCGUACUCAUCCACAUCGUCGUUCAUCGCAUCCGAUCCUACUGCCUCCAGCACCCUCUCACUCUUCAGCAACCUCCUCGGUCGUUCGACGCCCGAGACGUCGUCACCGGAGGAGGCGCCUGUACGGCUCGCACGCACGCGCGUGGACGAGGAGAAGCUCGCACAUCUUAUGAUCUCGUGCGCCGACACGCGGCAUGUGCUCAAGACCGAAUGCGACCCUGCCAAGCUGCGCGACACCGGCCUGCGCCUCGAAAAGGCGUGGCGAGACCAGCUGCAAGAAGCCGGCGCGUUGCGGACCAAGCUCGCCGUAGCCCAGGAUACGGUCGAGGAUCUCGAGGAUGAAAAUCGCCAGUUGAGGAAGCAGAUCGCUCAGCUCGCCGAGAUCAUCGUCGAGCGAGAAGAGCAGUUGCGCAACGCAGAGCAGCAGCGAAACGAGCCGGUCGAGAGAAACAAGCAGUUGGAGCAGCAGUAUCAGUCGACCUAG